GUCAUUUUCUACUCGCUCAAAAUGUAUUGGCCAGGAUGUAUGGAUUCCAACGUUUUCACACAUGCUAUAGAAAUCUCGUCCAGUCCUACAAGUGACCUGCAAGUGGCCAGAAGACAAACAAGUCUGACAGAUGCAUUCAACUUGUUGAAAUCAAUUCCAACAUUCCUCACUGAAAUGAUGCUGCCCAGAUUACAAGUGAAUGGAAAGGAGAAUCGAUAUGUUUAAAGUUCUCUUCGUUGUAUGUACUUUGUGUUUAUAUUUUGAUAUCGAGUGAACAGUAAUAAAUAUUUAUUCAAGA